CUGGAGCGCCAGUAAAGCUGCACAAGAAUGUGGAGCCUUCUCAUUUGAUAGUUAAAGAUAGAGGCAGCGCAGGCCGCUUCCUAGACACGUUCUAAUCUUCAGACCAACGGUUCGGCUCUUUUGUCGUAAUGUUUGCUCCUUAGACGGGGAUUUGGCCUUGUGUGAGCUUCUUUCCGUCAGGACUUUGUAAUAAGUCAAGGCAAGGCAAGGCAAGGCGAGUGGAAGCAGUCGCAGCAUGGUGUUUUAUGAGAGAAUGAUUGAAGACUGCGGGUGGAGCGGGGACAACAUGGCAGACAGAAGGCAACUGCUUGUCGAGAUGAGGGCGCAGGAUUUGGACUCCAUUCGACUGUCAACAUACAGAACAGCCUGCAAGCUCAGAUUUGUACAGAAGAAAUGCAACUUGCAUUUGAUCGACAUCUGGAAUGUCAUCGAGGCCUUCCGAGAGAACGGUCUCAACACCGUGGACCUCAACGCCGAGCUCCCCGUGGCCCGUCUGGAAGUGGUGCUGUCCACCAUAUUGUACCAGCUGAGCAAGCGAAUGCCCACCACGCACCAGAUCAACGUGGAGCACUCCAUCAGCCUGCUGCUCAACUUCCUGCUGGCGGCCUACGACCCAGAUGGCCACGGCAAGAUAUCGGUCUUUGUUGUGAAGAUGGCCCUAGCAGCCUUUUGUGGAGGGAAAAUUCUGGAUAAAUUGAGAUAUAUUUUUUCACAGAUAUCCGAUCCAGCGGGAAUCAUGGUGUACGCACAAUUUGACCAGUUCCUGAGGGAGAUUCUCAAGCUGCCCAUGGCUGUCUUUGAGGGUCCGUCGUUUGGCUACACGGAGCAAGCGGCCAAGAGCUGCUUCAUGCAGCAGAAAAAGGUCUCCCUCAACAUUUUCCUGGACACGUUGAUGUCAGACCCGCCUCCUCAGUGUCUGGUGUGGUUACCACUCAUGCACCGGCUCACCAACGUGGAAAACGUCUUUCACCCGGUCGAGUGCUCCUACUGCCACACUGAGAGUAUGAUGGGCUUCCGCUACCGCUGCCAGCAAUGUCAUAAUUACCAGCUCUGUCAGGACUGCUUCUGGAGGGGGCAUGCCAGCGGUUCCCAUAGCAACCAGCAUCAAAUGAAGGAGUAUACAUCAUGGAAAUCCCCCGCCAAGAAGCUAUCCCACGCCCUCAGCAAGUCUCUGAGCUGCGCAUCCAGCAGGGAGCCUCUUCACCCCAUGUUCCCCGACAUGCCAGAGAAACCUCUCAACCUCGCCCAUAUUGUAGACACGUGGCCGCCAAGACCAAUGAACGUCACCAGUGAAUCCUCGUUUUCCCACUCAAUGCCAACAUCAGGGAACCCGUACUCCACCAAAAAUUUGCCUUACAGCAGGAGUCAUGAUAUUGCUCAACAUCUGUUGAAAGGCAGAGGGUUACACUGCAACCUGGAUGCGGUUGACAGACUCGCUGACGAGCACAUUCUCAUUGGCCUCUAUGUGAAGCUGCUUCAAAACAACCCCAAAAAAUGCUUGCUAGAGAGCAGCAACCACCAAGACGAGGAGCAUAGCCUCAUCGCCCGCUACGCUGCUCGUCUGGCUGCAGAUGCUGCGGCUCAGCAGCAGCAGCAGCAGCAGCACAGAGUCCCCGCAGACCUGCCGUGCUCUCUGGAUGCCAACAAACAGCAGAGGCAGCUCAUCGCCGAGCUGGAGAGUAAAAACAGAGAAAUCCUGCAGGAAAUUCAACGACUGCGCGUCCAGCAUGAGGAGGCCUCGCAGCCGCCGCCAGACAAGGCUCAGCAGAAUCCUACUCUGUUGACUGAGUUACGACUUCUCAGGCAACGCAAAGAUGAGCUUGAGCAGAGAAUGUCGAGUCUGCAGGAGAGUCGCAGAGAGCUCAUGGUGCAGCUGGAGCAGCUAAUGAUGCUUCUCAAGCUAGCUGAGGAACAGAAACAAGCUACUCAGGGACCUGGCUCUCCACGCUCAUCACCCAGUCACACCGUCAGCAGGUCCAUCCCCACGCCCAUCCACUCGGACUCGGCCGGAACCACCCCGACUCACACACCUCAGGAUUCCCUCAUGGGCGUGGGAGGCGAUGUUCAGGAGGCCUUUGCUCAGGGUCCCAGGAGAAAUUUGAGAAACGACCUCCUCAUCGCUGCUGACUCCAUCACCAACACAAUGUCAUCGCUGGUCAAAGAGUUGAAUUCAGAGGGUGGAAGCGAGACUGAGAGCACUGUGGAUUCCGAUUUCGGCCGCGGCGACACAUUUGCAGUAACAACAACCACCUCAGAUCCCUUCCUCAGCUUUAAGCCCAGGAUCGCUGCGGCGGAGCAGGAAGAGGAACGCUACGGGAACGACCUGGAGCGGCAGCUGGAGGACGAGCUCAAGUUUGAGGAGUUCAUCAAGCAUCGGCAGGAGCCGGACAAAGCCUGCAUGGUGACGCUGCAGCAGUGAUAGUGCUGCUCCAGGACACUGAUGAGCAAUAUCAAAAGCAACAAUAAGUGAUGACACUGGACGCGACGACACUGGCCAGGAUCCUAUAGCUUAAAAUAUAAGUUUGUGUAAAGAAUCUAUAUAUUUUUAACCAACCUCAUAUUUAAGGUGAAACUGUGAGCUGAUGAAUAAGUCAAGAGAUUAAAAAUCACCGAGCGCUCUACUAUUAUUAUACCACAGGUGCCAUAUCAGCCACGUGAUUAUUGUUUUUCGCUUUGUAUUUGACUUAUCAAGCCAAUGUAGAAAUGUACUGUUUUGUGUCUGUGUCUCAUCUGAUUUAUGAUCCAAUACAAAUAUAUUUGAGUUGUAUUUUUUAAAUAUACAAUGCUGACCUGGUCAAAUUUUACCACUACAGUGGAAUCUUGGGUUUCGUGAUUAAUACGUUCCAAAAAGUCUUAAAACCUGAACUAAAACUGACUCAUAGGAAAACUGAAGCAAUAUUUCCCAAUAUUAAUCCGUUCCAACCACUCAAAAAUAUUAACAAAAUAAAUUUAAAAAAGUUUUUAAAAAAAUAAAAACAAGCAAAUAUAUAUAUAUAUAUAUAUAUAUAUAUAUAUAUAUAUAUAUAUAUAUAUGACUAAUGAAAUGGAUAAAUUAACAUUAAACAUCACAUUUAUUUUUAUUGAAGACCGUCGUACCAAAACUAGUACAAAACUGAGGUUCCACUGUAUUACCAUGUAUUUCCUAAUCUCAUUGUUGCAUGUUGUUUUUGUGACCUAUAUUUCAGACAUCAGUGAUGAUAACAAUAUACACUGCCUUAGCUUCUUGGAGGACAGUCAAGCCAUCAUUGGAGCAUGUACAGUAGUAGCCAACAGCAGCAUUCAAAAGAAAUGCACUGGAAAAGAAAAGAAACACUGUAAGAUGACUCUUAAGAUGUAGUUAACCGAUGUAAUUACGGUCAUGUGAUAAUUACAGUUAUUUCUGCUCAAAGUGGCCACUCUUAACUAGAUGGGAGAAGCAUUAGAUUGUCAUGUGAAACUAGAGUUAAAAGCAAAAACCACAAUAUUGCGGACUGGAAUUGAAAUGCUAAUCGUGUGAACAUAAUGGCAGAUCAUUUUGAAUGCUGCGGUAAGACUCCGCACUUGAUUUCAUCUGACAGAAUGUUUUUGUGUUUUGUUGCUGAUGUUUUGGUUAGCAACAGAGUUCAAAUGAGCCAAGUCGUUAAGUCCUUAAAAUCUCCGUGUAUACCAUUUUUGGAAUGAGAGAAGUAAUGUUUCAGCCUUUUUUUGUUGUUGUUGCCUAAUGGGAAAAAAAUUGUCUAUUUGAGGGAGGUAUUUAUUUGUCCUGCGCAGACCCGGCAGACUAAUUUGGGCAUGGCAUCUAUUGGAGGCACAGCCACUAUUAAUAAUAAUAAUAAGCAAGAAGGAAACAUGACCGAUACUAAGAACUGAAUUCAUUUGGGAGACUGUUUAUGUGCCUAAGUGGGUGCUACUGUUUUGGUUCGCAACAGAGUUCAAAUGGGCUCAGCAGUUACCGCUUUAAUGAACAGUAGCAUCUAUAAACUGAGAUAAUUACACUCACUACGUGUUUUUCAGUAAUAUCAUGUAAUAUUAGAACAAAAAAUAGCAAAAAGAAAACAAGACUUGAAUUCAUCUGAGGGACUGUUUAUAUGCUUCGGUAGGUGCUGCUGUUUUGAUUAGCAACAGUUGAAAUGGGCUCAGCAGUAGACUGAAACAAUAGUAUCAAUGAACUGAGAAGUUACUGGACUGCAUUUCUUGAAUGUGUUUGAGGGAAGCGUUUAUUUGUUUCAAGAGGGGCACGGUGUCUAUUUGUGAUGGCCACUAUUUGAGGAAAUACUGUAAAUUAUAUUAAAAAAAAUAAUAAAAAACAUAUUAACAUGAUUCACUUUUGAACACUGAACAGGUUUACAAUCAGGUUUCUAAUUGAAUGUUGCCCCAUCUUUUGUCAUUGUUUCGUGUGCUCCAGACACAUGUAAGUCGAUGUAAAAUGUUGUGAGAUUUGCCUGCUGUUGAUCCAAGGCCGCUGUCGGUCAUCUGGUGCAGUGUUGGCGGAAGCAGGAUGUGAUGUUAGCGAAGGAGCUAACCUAUAUUUUGGUUACAGCACUGAAGAAAGUUAAAUAAAGAGUCGUUCGAAACACAGCCCCAAGUCUCCUUUUCAUGACAUCAAAUUGUAAAAUGAGUACCGGAAUAUCUAUUGUUUGGACUUAUUACGUAGUUCUUGCUGUGAUUUUUUAUUUUAUUUUAUUUUAUUUAUUUUUUUUGCAUGGUUGUGAUGCAUAAUAAAGUGUUGACGCCAUGCCAUAACUCUUG